AUGGCGGUUGAGGAGGUUCCCAUCCCCGAACCAAGGGGCCUGCCCUUCCUUGGAAACAUUGCCGAGUUCAACCCCGAGAACCCCAUGGAGGAUCUCAAACGUCUAGCAGAUACAUACGGCGAGGUCUACCGUCUCCGAUUCCCCGGCGGGAAAACCGCCUGUUUUGUUUCAACAAACGCCCUUGUCAACGAACUUUGCGAUGAGAGUCGAUUCCAGAAGACGCUGAACAACGUUCUUAGUGAAGUGAGGGAGAUUGCCAACGAUGGCCUCUUCACUGCCAGGCUGGACGAGACAAACUGGGGCAUUGCACACAGGAUUCUAAUUCCUGCCUUUGGGCCCGUAACCAUCCGCGGAAUGUUUGACGAAAUGGUAGAUGUCGCGUCCCAAAUGGCCCUGAAAUGGGCACGCCACGGCCCAUCGGCACCCAUCAUGGUCACCGACGAUUUCACCCGCCUUGCUCUCGACACAAUCGCGCUGUGCUCCAUGGACUUCCGCUUCAACUCGUACUAUCGCGAGGAGCUUCACCCUUUCGUCAAGGCCAUGGGGGACGCCCUCACAGAGUGUGGCAACAGGGAUCGGAGACCGGCCUUUGCCAACCACUUUUUCGGGGGCACGCAGCAGAAAUUCUUCGCCGACAUCGAGUUGCUGCGCAAGACGGCGCAAGAGGUGCUCGAGGCCCGGAAAGCUCAUCCGUCUGACAGGAAAGACCUGCUGUCCGCCAUGCUCAACGGCGUGGAUCCCAAGACUGGCCAGAGGAUGACCGAUGACAGCAUUAUCGACAACCUGAUCACCUUUCUCAUUGCCGGCCAUGAGACAACCUCCGGCAUGUUGUCCUUUGCCUUUUACGAGCUCUUGAGACACCCGGCUGCCUAUCGAAAAGUCCAACAGGAGGUUGACGAGGUCGUCGGGCAGGGUCCUAUCAAAAUGGAUCACUUAUCGAAGUUGCCAUACUUGAAUGCUGUCCUCCGGGAGACUUUGCGACUCUCUUCCACAAUCCCAGCGUUCGGUGUCGAGGCCAAGGAGAACACCCUCAUUGGCGGCAAGUACCGUGUCAAGAAGGGCGAACCCAUUGCCUUAUUACUGGGCAGAGCGCACCUCGACCCUGUUGUCUACGGCGACGACGCGACCGAGUUCAAGCCCGAGCGCAUGUUGGAUACGAACUUUGAGCGCCUGCAAAAGGAGUUCCCAAACUCGUGGAAACCCUUUGGUAACGGAAUGCGUGCCUGUAUCGGCAGGCCGAUUGCGUGGCAGGAGGGUCUGAUCGCCAUGGCCAUGCUUCUGCAGAACUUCAACUUCACUAUGGACGACCCGAACUACCAGCUCAAGGUUGCCGAGUCGCUCACCAUCAAGCCCAAAGGCUUCUAUAUGCGUGCCGCCCUGCGAAACGGCAUGAGCCCUACUGAACUGGAGCAGAAACUUACGGGGAGGGGGCCGAACAAGAUGACGUUGCCAUCCCGGCCAUCAGCGCAUACUAACGGUCCUCCUACGAUCAAUGGCAACAAGGUCGCCGAGGCCAGUGGGAAGCCCAUCGGCAUCUACUACGGAUCCAACAGCGGCACGUGUGAAGCACUUGCCCAGAGGCUUGCGGCUGAUGCGAAAACACACGGGUUUAACGCCACAGUAGUAGAGCCCCUGGACACCGCCCGUGAAAACCUCCCCAAGAAUCAGCCCGUGGUCAUAAUCACCGCUUCUUACGAGGGCCAACCGCCAGACAAUGCAGCCCACUUCGUCGCAUGGCUUGAGAGCUUGAAGGCGCAGGAAUUGGGCAGUGUGCCGUACGCCGUCUUUGGCUGCGGCCACCAUGACUGGGUGCAAACUUUCCACCGCGUCCCGAAGCUGGUCGAUACGAUCAUGGAAGAGCGUGGAGCGAGCAGGAUCGUGCCCAUGGGGCUGACCGACGCCGCCGAGAGAGACAUGUUUUCGGACUUCGAAGCCUGGGAGGACGAGGUCCUCUGGCCGGCGCUUAUUGCGAAGUACGAUGCUGGCGGGCCACAGAACGGCAGCGUUGACUCGGAACCCGGCCUCACCGUGCAGGUCUCCAACCCUCGCACUUUGACACUGCGGCAGGACGUCUCGGAGGCCGUCGUUUCCGAAGAGAGAAUUCUCACGGCCGUCGACGCCGCCCAGAAGAAGCACAUGGCCAUCCAGCUCCCGGCCGGCAUGACGUACCGGGCUGGGGACUACCUGGCGGUGCUGCCCCUGAACCCGCGAGACAACGUCGAGAGGGUCUUCCGCAGGUUUCGGCUCGCGAGGGAUGCCUGCCUGACCAUCUCCGGCGACAAGCACACGCCUCUGCCUGUAAACCAGAUUGUCUCCGCGUUUGACAUUCUCGGCGCUUACGUCGAGCUUGCGCAGCCCGCCACGAAGCGGAACAUCUUGUCUCUGAAAGAGGCCACCAAAGAUGCCGAGACCAUCGAGAAGCUGGAGAAUCUCGCCGGCGAGAAGUAUCACGAGGAGAUCACGCAGAAGCGGAUGACGGUUCUGGGCCUCUUGGAAAGAUUCCCGUCCAUCGAGCUGUCCAUCGGCGCCUUCCUCGCCAUGCUCCCACCCAUGCGCGUGCGGCAAUACUCCAUCUCAUCCUCCCCACUCCGAGACCCUUCUGUGGCAACUCUCACCUACUCCGUCCUCGACGAGCCGUCGCUAUCGGGCCAAGGCCGCCAUGUGGGCGUGGCGACGAGCUACCUCGCCGCCCUCAGGGCCGGCGACAAGCUACACGUCGCCGUACGGCCCUCGCACCAGGCCUUCCACCUGCCGCACAACCCGGAGAAGACGCCCCUGAUCCUCAUUGCCGCAGGCUCCGGCAUCGCGCCCUUCCGCGGAUUUGUUCAGGAACGCGCCGCGUUAGUCGCGGCGGGGCGGACCCUCGCCCCCGCGCUCCUGUUCUUCGGGUGCCGCCGGCCGGGCGCGGAUGACCUGUACCGCGAGGAGCUGGACCGCUGGGAGGAGGCGGGGGCCGUGGCGGUGCGCAGAGCCUAUUCCCGCGCCGCCGGGGAGAGCGAGGGGUGUCAGUAUGUGCAGCACAGGCUGUGGCACGAAAGGGAGGAGGUCUCGAGGCUCUGGGCUGACGGGGCCAAAGUGUUUGUGUGCGGAACGCGCAACGUGGGCAAGGCGGUCGAGGAGACGUGCGUCAGGGUCAUUUUGGAGUCGGCCAAGGAGGGGGAGGGGCAGCCUGAGCUGAGAGGCUUGGACUAUGAGGGGGCGAAGAAGUGGUUUGAGGGCACCCGGAACGAGAGAUAUGCUACGGAUGUCUUUGACUGA